UUUAUUUGUAAACAUCAAAGUGGUAAAAACAUAAAAUGAUUUUCAAAAAUUUUGAAAAUAGCGUACGCGAAGUUGAACGUAGUUAAAACCGUUAAAACAAUAUCGAAGUCGUCUAAUUAAUAUUAAAAUAAGGCAACAGCUGUGAUUCAUGUAACCGUAUUCAUAUUUUAAUUACAAGAAAUGGGUAAUCUGUUUGGCAAGUCAACUAACAAGACUAAAGUUGCAAGCAGAGUCACAGAACAUGAUAAAGCUAUUUUACAAUUGAAACAGCAACGAGACAAACUUAAACAGUACCAAAUACGAAUCGAACUUCAGUUGGAAAAAGAUAGAGUAUUGGUCAAAAAAUGUCUAACCACAGGACGGAAAGAGCGUGCGAGAACUUUGCUGCGCAAGAAAAAGUAUCAGGAAAAACUCCUGUCCAAUGCGGAUGCGCAAUUGGAAACGAUCGAAAAACUAGCCUCUGAUAUCGAGUUCGCAAUGGUAGAAGCGCAAGUCGUCAGUGGGCUUAAGGUCGGUAACGAAGCCUUGAAGAAAGUUAACGAACUGCUGUCUAUCGAAGAAGUUGAGCAGAUUUUGGAUGAAACACGCGAAAGUAUCGAGAAACAGCAAGAAAUUGAUUCACUUCUUAACGGGGUGCUCACCGAAGAGGACGAAGAUGAAGUACUUGCCGAGUUGGAACAGCUCGUGGUUGAGGAUUCUGCCAACAACAGGGUUGAGACUGAGCAAGAGGAUAUUGGGGAACGGCUUCCGGAAGUACCCGAAGACGAACCUAAGGGCCAUAAGAUUAAAGGCAAAGAGAAAAACGCUGAAAGUUCUCGUAAGAAAGUUGCUUUGGAAGCAUGAAACAACGAUACGUUUCAAGGGGUUUUAUACAGUCUGAGCUGACAUUAUAAUAUAUUUGGAUGAUUACAGUAUUUCAGUAUAUUGUCAAUAAAAAUAAGCUCGACACUUA